AUCAUCAUUCGGUAGAGGGUCAACACUCAUCACGGCGGCCGAAGAACCUUGGCUCCACGAAGGGGUCACCGUCGAACGCAACGCCGAAGAAGCUACAGCACGCGAAACAGCAGACGAACUCCUAGCAUUCGUGGAAGAUACCGAAAAUAAAUCAUCUCCAUGCACCGCCGGCGUGUGCGCGAACGCACGCUUGUCCAACACAUCCCACAUAUCAUCCAGACACGAAGCAUGUCGCCCAAAAGGGGCUUCCAUGGAGAGCUGCUCAUCCUUGUACACCUGCCCAGACACUACCGGAAACUGCUUCAACAUGGAGUCUCGAACAGCUAUCUGCACUUGCGCAUCCGAAGGCUUGAACGCGUGGUGGGGGAGUAGGGAUAAUCCUGCCGCUGACGCCAAGUUUCAAGGAGUGAUGCCGUGGGCGGUGGCUUGCGCCUAGAGAUUGAUGAAGGUUCUGUCGUUGACACGCUUGUUGUCCACGACCACGUUGAGAUGGGAAAGUUGCUUGUUUUUGCUGAGAGACGAUCAGCAAUGGUCUGGGAUGAAGUGGGGAUCCAACUUCAUCUCAGGGGGUACACAGAGAAUACAAUUCUAAGGGGGUAGGGGUCAGAAGGGUAUACCUCCUGACCGACCCGCAUCCUAUCAAGAAUAAGAUGUACCCUAUUCAUGCUAGCAGCCACACUCCUUAACAUAGUUAUGAUAGUAGGGCAAUCUUGGAAAGGUUGCAACGGGCUCUCCAUCUUGUGUAUCUACCUGUAUGUUAUGUUGGGAAGUUGUAGACGGAAGAUUUAGGGGAACUCGGUUUGUCGGGUGUUCUAUUAUAGCACCCUUAUGUGGUUGCGGAGCAAGCGCGUCGCGGGGUGUGUGUCGUUUCGUAAUCAACUUAUUUUUUGUGUGUGAUGUAUGGGGGCAUGUGCGGCGCAGGAGAACAUAUUUACCUUGUUGUGUAAUGGCAUGACGUUCAAUGUGAGAAGGGCACGGGAGAACAUCGUCUCAUCAUUGCCUCCUGACGUGCCCGCCGAUAGAGGCGUGUGGUUGGGGUUUCAUGUUGUUUCUCACAUUAUUAGCUCUUUGGUCCACAAAAAAUGGGGAGCCCGUGGUCUCAAAACCCGGCACAUACGACGCCGUGGGGAAACAACACGAAAAUAGGGUACAAACCACUCGGAACAAGAAAACAAAAUGAUAGAAAGAAAAUAACAGGCAUCGCACCGACCGUUCGAGAAAAGAGCCCUCGGAAACCGAUCGAAAUAAAACAAAAACAAGACCACGCCCGUGUGCCCGCACAUCAGCCGCACAUACUCCGCACAUCUACACACCAAACCGAAAAUACUUUUGUAAACUGAUGGAGGUUGCAUGUCCUACAACUAACAGGGUGCGACACACAAAACGCCCGACUAACCAACAGUACCCAACAUCAUCCGUCUGCACCUUCCCAACAUAACAUAUAUGAGACACACAGGACAGCUAGCUACCAAACUGAUUUAUUGAGCCUGUUACCCGCAGGGGAGAUGUCCCUAUAUGCUGUCUGGGAAAUUGUAGAGAUCCAGAUGUACCUCAGAAAACUUUCACUUAAUGUCUCAUACUCUACAUGAAUAUUGAACCAAUACGAAGUACAACAACAUAUGUAGGACUUAUUUCUACUGUCACUUACAUCGUAAAAUAUCUCCGUCCUCUGUAUCAUAAGUAUGGUCUGUUAGGUUUAUACGCCGUCUUAACGGUGUCCGAUCUGUUUUUCUUUUUUUUUGUUGAAUUCUACGGCGUUUUUUGAGCAAGAAAACAUUUUUUUUUUUUUGGCUGGUGCUUGAACCAUGUGACUAAACGGCCGGAAAACCUUUGAGUCGGCCCAAAAACGGUCAUUUUUUGCCCUUUUCCGGGGGGUGGGGUACGUGGGGCAUUGAGCCUAACCCCCCCCCAAAAAAACCAAGAACUAUCCCCAACCCUAAAGCUAUCCCCGCCUAGACUCAGCCAUCCACAAUACGUCCCCCAUACCACAACCAUAUUGAUAGUGACCCACACACUAAGUUCAAGACAUUUUGGGUUCCACACUAAAACCAAGACACUUGG